AUUUCUUAAGCAAUCCAAGUAUUGGUCAUACUGCACGAUAUGAUUUGACCCGCAAACCUAUAAAACAGCCGUUACCAUUAGAUACUUGUCAUGACAACCAAAAAAACUAGAUUACAAAAUUUUGACCGACUUUUAAUUUGGAUAAAUAUGUUCAAGACCCCACCAGCAAAGCCACCUCGAACAAUUCGCUAUGUGGAAGAAGCGUUCAGACACAUUCAGGAAAAGAAAAAUAUUCGCGAUAUUGUGGUUAUAAAUGAACUCGGUCAUCCGGUUAAGAGUACCAUGGAAUUUGAGAACUCGGUAAAAUUUGCUGGUUUAUUUCAAGAGCUGCGCGGCAGAAUGGAGCGUGGAAUGGACAAAAUUGAUCCCACUGAUGAAUUGCGAAUGCUAAGAGUUCGCACAAAAUGCCAUGAAAUUCUGCUAGUGCCCGAUUCCAAAAUAACUGUUAUUGUCGUACAAAAUGCAGAUAAAUAAAUUUAUUUGUU